AUGCCGAAAUUGCCAAUUUUAUUCAGUUUACUACUUUCGGUCUCAUUUGCAUAUGCCGAUGACGAGUUUGUGACGUGCUACAGUGUUCUUAAGUUUAUGAAUGUGAACGACGGCUCCAGGUACGAGAUUAAACAAAAAUGGCUGUCAUUUCGUUCAACUCUGAUAGUUCAACCUGAAAUCUUGCUACAAAUUGGUCUUUGGGUUUAGAAAAGCCACAGCUUUUGCUAGAUACUAAUUAUCAAGAAAUAAUAAAUGAAAAAGCACUAUUUGAAUAAAAAAUUAAGGUUACACUCCCACGACGUGAAAUACGGCAGCGGAUCGGGCCAACAAUCGGUGACGGCCGUCAAGAACUCGGACGACAUCAACUCGCACUGGCAGAUAUUCCCAGGUAGGAAACGGAAAGAAUACAAAACAGAAAAACUGGGCAUGUGCUUGCAGCUUUGAACGCUCAAUGCAAUCGGGGAGAUGUGAUCCGAUGCGGAGACAAGAUCCGACUGAAGCACCUCACCACGGGCACAUUCCUCCACUCGCACCACUUCACCGCGCCUCUCUCCAAGAGCCAUCAGGUCGGGACCAGGCGCGCGGGGAAAUAAGCUGGAAAUUCGGAAUUUCAGGAAGUUUCGGCGUUCGGAAGUGAGGCGGAAAGUGAUUCGGGCGACGAUUGGACUGUGAUUUGCAACGGAGAUGAGUGGGUGGAAUCCGAGGUUUGUUGCCCCCGUUUCAAUAGCUUUUGUCAGCGUUUCCAUUCAGCAAUUCAAACUGCGUCACGUGGUCACCAGCACGUAUCUAUCACUCUCCGGCCAGCAAUUUGGACGGCCGAUUCACGGACAACGGGAGGUCGUUGGAACGGAUUCAGUGACUGGAGGAAGCGCCUGGAAGGUCGCCGAGGGCAUCUACAUCAAACAUCAACAGAAGGAUUUGUAA